GUUCACCGGAAAACUCAGAAAUGUCAGAAAAGAAUAGAUUUUUGGGAAGCAUCUCGAACUCGGCAUUACAAAGUCUCCUUGGCAAAUCCGUCUCAUCCAAGAGCAGGAUGAGCUCAACAACUCGUCCCAAAUCCAAAUUCGGCAGCGAAAACACGGCUCCUAUCGAUCCCAACAUUCAGAUCAGCGACCCGCCUCUUUUUUCUUCGAAUUCACUCCCCAAAAAGGCCCUGUCGAAACUGGGAACUCCCCCAAAGGAAGUCGUCAGAUCAGAGGCCAAAGAAGAAGUUUCAGAAGCUCCUGAUCGGCAGCCAGUCAAGGUUAUGGUGAGGAUCAGACCUGGAAAUGCUCUUGCUAAUGAUGAUCGGAUGAUUAGAGGAGUUUCUAAGGACUCUCUGUCUGUAGGGGAUAAGAAGUUCACUUUCGAUAAAGUUUUCAAUUCUAAUUCGACUCAGGAGGAUGUAUUUCAAUCAGUUGGGAUCCCUUUGGUUAAAGAUGCACUGGCAGGUUACAACACAUCACUCUUGGCCUAUGGACAGACUGGGAGUGGAAAGACAUAUACGCUGUUCGGACCUCCAAGUGCCAUGGUUGAGUCCCCAUCUAUCAAUGGGCUUCAGGGUCUUGUUCCACGUAUUUUCCAGAUGCUGUUUUCUAACAUUCAGAAUGAGCAUGAGAGUUCUGAUUAUAAACAAAUAAGUUACCAGUGCCGCUGUUCAUUCCUUGAGAUAUACAAUGAACGUAUUGGGGAUUUACUUGAUCCUAUGUUGAGGGACUUGAAGAUAAAGGAUGAUGCCAAGAAUGGAUUUUAUGUUGAGAAUUUGACAGAGGAGUAUGUGAGUACAUAUGAAGAUGUCACGCAGAUUUUGAUCAAGGGUCUUUCUAGUAGGAAAGUUGGAUCAACUGGUGUAAACUCAAAGAGUUCAAGAUCUCAUGUUGUGUUCACAUGCAUCAUUGAGUCCUGGUGCAAGGAGAACUCAUCAAAGUGUUUUGGUAGUUCAAAGACAAGCAGAAUUACCAUUGUUGAUCUCGCUGGGUUCGAACGGAAUUUACUUGAAGAUGCUGGUAAGCAGUACGUUACGGAAGGAAAAUUCUUGAAGAAGUCUACCUCACAACUGGGGCGUUUGGUUAAUAUCCUAACAGAAGAGAACAGUACAAGAGUAGCUGAAGCUGUACCAUAUAGCUGUUCCGGCUUAACUCAUUUACUGAGAGAAUCAUUGGGAGGGAAUGCCAAACUCUCUGUGAUAUGUACAAUCUCCCAAGAAGACAAGCAUAUGAGUGACACAAUAAGCACACUCAGAUUUGGGAAGAAGGUGAAGCUCAUGAAAAAUGAACCAAUCAUCAAUGAAAUCACAGAAGAUGAUGUGAAUGGCCUGAGUGAUCAGAUCCGUCUGCUGAAGGAAGAACUGAUUAGAGCAAGGUCCAGUACGAACAAUGGAUAUUUCAAAGGACAAAGCACCACGCGUGAGAGUUUGAAUCAGUUGAGGGUGAGCCUUAACCGCUCACUGAUCUUACCCCGUUUUGAUAAUAAUGAUCCCAAGGAGGAGGAGGAGGAAAUCAACAUAAAUGAGGAUGACAUUAAAGAACUUCAAAUCCAGAUUGAUAACAUUCGCAAUUCGCACGAUGAAGGUAGCGUGAUGAGUGAACCUUUUGUUAGCUGUUCAGAAGAAAGCGAAAGUGAAGAAGAAGAAGUGCCUGAGAGGGAGACUGAUCUCCAGGAUCCUGUGUUCUCUGAAUCCCCGAAAUUUGGAAAUGUCCAGAGGAAAAGCAUAGUUGUUGCAUCAUCAAAAACCUCAGCAAAGAACAACGAGAUCGAUUUCCAAGAAGGUCUCAGAACUUCUGGAUUACCACAAGAACCUGAGAAGGGAAACAGGAAUCUCCGGACCUCUUCGUUGAGGUCGAGCAGAAUAUUUCCUGGGCCAACCGAGUCCUUGGCUGCGAGUCUCCAAAGAGGUUUGCAGAUAAUUGACCAUCACCAGCAGAACUCUUCCGAAUCGAUGAGACCCUCCUUCUCCUUUGACCAUUUUGCUGUAAAACAAGAAUCAUCAUCAUCACAAGAAGAAGUUCAAGAUAGCUGCUUGAAGACAUGGAUAGUUCCAUUUAGCCAAAAUAACAACAGCGAUAAACACGAAUUUGAGAAAGAUCUAAAAGACGCACUGGAAAGAGAGAAGAAGCUUGAAAGUGUUUGUGAGGAACAAGCAGAAAAGAUCCAGAAGCUCAUUCAAUUGCUCUCACAGUGCAAAUGUGAGACUCAGAAGAGUGGUCUGGUUGAGGCCAUGGAUGAUAAGAAUAUGACUCAGCCAAUAAAUUCCCAAGAAAAGUUUCUGGAAUGGAAUGGUAAGGGGGAAGAUGGUAAUGAACAAGAGAUUGUUAAAGAAAUCCAGGGAAAGGUUGAUCACAGUGAUGGCGGAGGUGGUGGGACCCAGUGCUUCGAUGCAGCGGAGAGGGAGGCCCUUGUCAAAGAAAUUGAAACCCUGAGGACCAAAUUGCAAAAAGCACAGACCAGUGACGCCAUUAGCAUCAACAAAUCCAUCAACAAAUCCAUUGAAAAACUGCGGCAAUCGAGAGGCAUCAAGAAGAACAAUGGCGAGAGAGAGGAACUGGAGUCGGAGAGGCAGAGAUGGACGGAGAUGGAGAGCGAUUGGAUCUCUCUGACGGACGAACUGAGAAUCGACAUCGAGACAAUCCGGCAGCGAGCGGAGAAGGCGGAGACGGAACUGAAACUGGAGAAGAAGUGCACGGCGGAGCUGGACGACGCGCUGCGGAGAUCCGUCGUAGGACACGCAAGGAUGGUGGAGCACUACGUCGAUCUCCAGGAGAAGCACAACGAGCUGGUGGAAAAGCACCGUCUGAUCAUGGCGGGGAUCCAGGACAUCAAAAUGGCGGCGGCGAAAGCCGGCGGAGGCAGGAAGGGCAACCGGUUCGCCAAGUCACUCGCCGCCGAGCUGUCUGCUCUGAGAGUGGAGAGGGAGAGGGAGAGAGAGCUUCUGAGGAAGGAGAACAGGAGCCUCAAGGCUCAACUCCGAGACACCGCCGAAGCGGUUCAUGCCGCCGGCGAACUUCUUGUCCGACUGAGAGAGGCAGAGGAAACCGCUUCUGUUGCUGAGGAGAAGAUAACAAAGGCAGAGGAAGAAAAGGAGAGUUUGAAGAAGCAAAUGGAGAAACAGAAAAGAAAACACAAGAUGGAGAUGGCCACCAUGAAAGGGUACCUUGCUCAGAGCAGAUUACCAGAAGCUGCUUUGCUGGGGAAGAAUGAAUCUGAAUCAAUAAUGAUGAUGAUGGGUCACAACGAUUCUAAACCCCAUUCAAAUUAUGAUCAUGAUGAUGAUGAUCAAGCAUGGAGGGCAGAAUUUGGUACCAUAUAUCAGCAAGACUAUUGAUUGAGCACUCAGCUCCAAAAAUUACUGCAUUGCCCCUGCUUGGGACAUGCAUAGAUUCUUCAUUCAUCUUAGCAAUGGGUGUUAUCUCUAGUGUGAGUUAUGAUGAUGAUGGUGGUGGCCAUCAAACUACUACAAGUAUGAUUGUAU